UUUUGCUACACAAUCGAACAAGGGGAAAAGAAGAGAGUAUUUUGAAACACGAAAAUGUCCGACGAAGAGCAUCAUUUUGAGUCCAAAGCCGACGCCGGUGCCUCCAAAACGUACCCUCAGCAGGCCGGAACUAUUCGCAAGAACGGCUAUAUCGUCAUCAAAGGCCGCCCCUGCAAGGUUGUCGAAGUUUCGACCUCCAAGACUGGGAAGCACGGUCAUGCGAAGUGUCACUUUAUCGCGAUCGACAUCUUCACUUCCAAGAAGCUGGAAGAUAUUGUUCCAUCUUCCCAUAACUGCGAUGUUCCUCAUGUCAAUCGUAGUGACUACCAGCUGAUUGACAUUUCUGAGGAUGGAUUUGUGAGUUUGCUGACUGACAGUGGAGACACUAAGGAUGACCUGAGGCUCCCAACAGACGAUAACUUGUUGAAACAGAUCAAGGAUGGUUUUGCUGAAGGGAAAGACCUGGUUGUGUCUGUUAUGUCUGCAAUGGGGGAAGAGCAGAUCUGUGCUCUCAAGGACAUUGGUCCUAAGUAAGUUUCAGGUUCAUUUAUUGCAAAACCUUAAAUGG